AGAGCAACGAGGCAAAAGGGAUUCACGGAUAAUCGUCGACAGGUACCGACGACAGGUUUGCUGAUCCGUCCGUCUAGGAUAUUUUUCUGCCAUUUGGAGCGCUCUUUUAUUCAGAGCCCAUCUUUUGUGAUGCCUCCGAAAAAGGCGACGGCCGCCCAGAAGAAAAAGGGCGUGGUAGGAGAGACCAGUCGGGCUCAGAAGGGUACUCGGACCCUUGCUCAGAUGAUGCGUGAUAUUGCGUCCCAGCCAGCAGACUCUACUACGUCUUCAUCAUCAGAGGAGUCUGGAGCACCAGUCGCUGCCACUAGGGGUCGGGGGACGGCUACACCAUUAGCUCCAGAGGCUCCAACGGCCGCGCCUCCAGUUCCCCAGCCAGGGGCAGAUGAUGGUACCCUGCGAGAGGCAGUUCAGCUAUUGACUCGACUGGUAGCGGGGCAGGCUCGCAGACGCGGGCGGAGGGAUGAUGAUGAUGAUGACAGGCGUGACAGCCUGAGGGUUCGAGAGUUCCUAUUAUGUGGCCCCCCAGAGUUUUUUGGGUCUAAGCCCGACGAGGACCCCCAUGACUUUAUUCGGGGGAUGCGACGCUCACUAGACUUGGUCAGGGCUUCAGAGACUGAGUCUGUUGAGUUGGCCUCGCACAGACUACGGGAUGUUGCUGCUCACUGGUAUGAGUCCUGGGAGCUAUCCAGGGGUGAGGGUGCUUCCCCAGCUACUUGGGACGAGUUCGUGGCUGCGUUUACCCGCCACUUUUUGCCCCCAGAGUUACGGCGGGCGCAGGUUGAUCGAUUUUUGCAUCUGCAGCAGAGGGGUCGGAGCGUUCGUGAGUAUAAUUUGGAGUUUGAUUCUCUGGCCCGGUAUGCACCUGCCAUAGUAGCAGACAUGGCCGAUCGGAUGCACAGAUACGUGAUGGGGUUAGACCGUUAUUUGAUUGAUGGCUGUAUGGCGGUGGCAUUGCAGACAGAUAUGGAUAUCGCCCGACUACAGGCCUAUGCUCUGGGUAUGGAGGACCGACACAGGGACGAUUAUUCCAGCAGAGAUCGGGACAGGAGGCCGCCCAAGAGGGCCAGGUCUGCAGGAUAUUCUGGAGAUUCCCGAGGCAGACAGCCUCAGCCGCAGCAGCAGUCUAGCUGGCAUUCUUCCCAGCCGGCACAGAGCACACCUCCGCAGUUCUCAGGCAGGAGAUUUGAUAGCCCAGGGUAUUUAGGAGCAGGCCAGAGCUCCGGGGUUUCAGGUUCGCGGGUAGACAGGAGUUCCGGUCAGACGAGGCCACCCAGGCCUCAGUGUUCUUACUGUGGGAGAUACCACCCUGGAGAGUGCUACCGUGCUACAGGUGCUUGUUAUUCUUGUGGCCGCCAGGGCCAUACUGUGAGAGAGUGCCCGUAUAAGGGUAAUUUGGGAGGUGCAGCGCAGCCUACCGGGUCAGUCGCUGGGUCAUCGUCUCCUUCGAUAGCCAUACGCCCUGCGGGGCAGGGUACGUCGACAUCAGCAGGCCGCAGCAGAGGUCGUGGCGGAGCUCCCAGUUCAAGCGGUCCUUCGAACCGCAUCUAUGCCUUGACUAGUCGACAGGACCCGGAGGCGCUACCAAACGCGGAUACAGGCGAAAAGAGCAACGAGGCAAAAGGGAUUCACGGAUAAUCGUCGACAGGUACCGACGACAGGUUUGCUGAUCCGUCCGUCUAGGAUAUUUUUCUGCCAUUUGGAGCGCUCUUUUAUUCAGAGCCCAUCUUUUGGUACAGUCUGUCACUACUGUAUUUAUAUAUUCUCGUUCAUGGGUACGGCGGGGCCCUGUCCCGUCAUAUGAUUCUGUCGGUCUGUUUAGAGGUCUGUAGACAUGUUUGUGGGUUGGGGUCUUUCUGUACGGAUGCGUGUAUAUGUUGUGUUUGGGCGAUCCCAUUCACCGCGGCGGCCGGUCCGCAUAUGUUUAAAUGUUGCUUUGUUGGCCCUGGGUGGUCAUUGUUGGUAUUAUCUGUGCGCAGGGUUAAUUUGGAUAGUCUGUAAAACAAAGGAAACUCUGCCGAAAUUUUUCUGGAAAUUAUCUAAAUUUGAAAUAUAGCCUUGUCGGCUUCUGCUAUAUACUUGAAUGCGUUUGAUAAAAAUUUGAGAUAGC